CUUUCGGCGCAUUGAAACGCGACUGUUUCGUCUGUUCGAGGCGCGCAUGAAGCCAAAAUAUUAAAGUUAAUAGAAGUGUCGACCGCUCGCGAGUUUUGUUUUUGGCCAAAAGCGAUUGCUAUAACGCCUAUUUGAUUAACUUGAAAAAAUCACAAAAAAAAAAAGAAACAUACACGCCAACAAACAAGAAAACCGUUUAAAAUUGGUGCACCAGGCAAGUGGAAAAAUCACAUGAGGCCAAAAAAGACAACAUCAGCCAACGAGAAAUAUUAAGAGGAGGCCAAACCCAAAAAGCGAGGACAGAGGACAAGACCCAUGCAAAUUCUGAAGAAAUCUCUACUCCGGAGCUGGAACUGGUAGAUACGAGUGGCAGAUAGAUUGCUUGGGGAGCACAUUUCCGCACUUGGUGGGACAGUGGAACAGUGGGACGAGACUGUUUGUUUACUGCCUGAUAGAACCGCCAAGAUCCGAUACACACGAUGCCAGGCCACUUGCAGGCCAUAGAUCGUUGAGGCCAGACCAGGCCAGCUCUGCGAAGCCAACCUCUCCUCGGUUCCAUCAAGUAUUUGGAGAGCACCGCCGGCUGCUGGUGCUGCAAUCGCCAGAUAAAUUCUAAUAAAUAGCCAUCAGACAACAGAGUACUUGGCAUAAAAAUAAAUAAGAAUCGAAGAACGCGGAACGAACAGCGCUCCGCACGCAUUGCAACAGAUUGGAUUUGGAUUUGUACUUGAAUUUGUAUUUGAAUUUGGAUUUGGAUUCGUAUUCAUUGGAGGUGUGGAGUGCAUUGGCCAGUUCGAACGGGUCAUAACCCCUUCCUGGAUUUCUGAGGCAACAUAGACGUAGGUCGCGGCCAAAAAGUGUUCCAAGGCAGAGGCAUCGGCAACCGGAGCGAGGUGUACACUUUUGGCACCAUGGAGGGCGGUUACGUCAACGAAGAGGAUUCUGACGCCAUAAUGGGUGUGGAAAGUCCAGCCAUCAUAUCCUAUACCAAUCCCAAACUGCAAAUACCAUUAAUGGCAUCUGCAAUAUACGCGCCCACCACCACAUCAACAGCCGUCACUCCGACAUCAGCCACCGCAGCCACAUCCAAAAACGCAUCUGCUUGUGCUUCUGCUUCAUUAUCAUCACCACCAGGUCCUUCAUCGGCAGCAAUCACGGGUGGAGGCGGAGGUCCUUUCCAAGGAUUCGUUGCCAAAUUGCGUAACUUUAGGUUCGACGAUACGAAAAACAUACGAAAACGUUUCCAUUUCGAUUACAUAUCAAAGGACAGAUUUUUGGGAGGUCAGCUCAAGACCAAGAACGGCCAAAAAUAUGUUUUCAAUGGACACCCAUCGGGGGUCUAUGUUUCCAAGGCCUGCCUGAUCAUCGCUGCCUUCAUCACAGUUGUGGCCCUAAUCUCUACCAUUGGCAUUACCUAUUUUGUGACCAGGCAGGGAUUGACUCCCAAGGAAGUGACUCCCAGUUGCAUCACCGCCGAUCAUUCCGAUGUGAAUGCCACGCCCAUCCAAACUGCCGGCUGGGUGAGCAUGAAUUCUCCGCCGCCCCCGCCCUUGACCACGCCCACGCCUACACCAACUCCCACGCCCAAUAGUACUACACCUACAACCACUACGACCUUGGCCCCGUCCACGACGAGUGCCACUCCCCGGCCCGAAGUAAAGAUUGUGGAUCCAAAAGUGGGUGAUAUUCCAGAGUUACCGCCAUCAGUGGAUGUCGAGGAUAACAGCACGAAGCCCACAAAUCGUCCUCUAAAACUCUACGAAGGAUGGCGUCCACUUCACUACAGCCUGCUGAUUGAGCCCAGUGUGGAGGCAUCGGCCAGCAACGGCAGCCUGACCAUCGAGAUCGAACGGGAUGUGGCCAAGGUGACCAGCUGGGAGCCCAUCGUGCUCGAUGUGCAUAACAUCAGUAUCUCCAAUGUCCGGGUGAUCCGUGCACCGCUUUCUAAGCAGGCAAACAAUGGCAGCGAGGAGCAGGAGUUGGAGUUCGACAGCGACUAUGGGGAUGACAAUGCCACCUUUGUCAUCAGUUUGGACAAGGCUUUGGCCGAAGAAACCCAGUUGAAGUUGCUGCUCAGUCUGGACUUCAUCAGCCAGGUGACGGACACACUGCAGGGCGUGUACAAGACCAGCUACACCAAUCCAGACACCAGGAAGGAAGAAUGGGUGAUCAGCACUCAGUUCUCGCCCAUCGAUGCCCGGCGGGCCUUUCCCUGCUUCGAUCGUCCCGACAUGAAGGCCAACUUCUCGGUCAGCAUCGUGAGGAGCAACCAGUACAAGAUGGCCCUGUCCAACAUGCCCAAGUCGCACAGCAGUCGCUAUCGCCGUGGCUAUGUGAGGGAUGACUUCAUGACCACGCCCAAGAUGCCCACCUAUCUGGUGGCCUUCAUCGUGUCCAACAUGGUGGAUUCCCGCUAUGCCGCUCUGGACAGUGAGAUGAGCCCCCGCGUGGAGAUAUGGACGCGGUCGACGUUCGUGGACAUGACCCACUAUGCCUAUAAGAUGGUGCGAAAGUUCCUGCCAUAUUACGAGGACUACUUUGGCGUCCAGAACAAGCUGCCCAAGAUUGAUCUAGUCUCUGUUCCGGACUUUGGUUUCGGAGCAAUGGAGAAUUGGGGACUGAUUACCUUCCGGGACUCGGCGCUUCUGGUGCCCGAGGACCAGGAGCUGGCCUCCUCCUCUGAGCACAUGCAGUACGUGGCCCAGAUCAUUGCCCACGAACUGGCCCACCAGUGGUUCGGCAACCUGGUGACGCCCAAGUGGUGGGACGAUCUCUGGCUGAAGGAGGGCUUCGCCUGCUACAUGAGCUACAAGGCCCUGGAGCACUCGCACCCAGAGUUCCAGAUCAUGGACACCCUGACCACGCUGGAGUUCAAGGAGUCAAUGGAGCACGAUGCGGACAACACCUCGCAUGCCAUCUCCUUCGAUGUGCGCUCCACCAACGAUGUGCGCCGCAUCUUCGAUCCGAUCAGCUACUCCAAGGGCACCAUCCUGCUACGCAUGCUCAACUCGAUUGUGGGCGACGUGGCCUUCCGCUCGGCCACUCGGGAUCUGUUGAAGAAGUACGCCUACGAGAACAUGGACAGGGACGAUCUGUGGGCCAUACUCACGCAGCAUGGCCACGCGGAGGGCACCUUGCCCAAGGAUUUGAAUGUCAAGGAGAUCAUGGACUCGUGGAUCACGCAGCCGGGCUAUCCGGUGGUCACCGUGGAGCGACGUGGCAUGGAUCUGGCUCUGCGCCAGGAGCGCUUCCUGCUGCCCUCCAAGAAUCCGGCGGACCUGAGCAGCUGGUUCAUACCCAUCACCUUCGAAACCGAGGGGCUGCACAAGGGCGACAACAUACCCAGCCACUGGAUGAGGAGCCAGGACGAGGAGGACCUCAUCGUGGCCAACGUCUUUGCGAGCAGCAACAACAGCGAGGACGUGGUCUAUCUGAAUCUCAACCGGCAGGGCUACUACCGGGUGAACUACGACAUGACCUCCUGGCUGGCCCUCAAGAAGAAGUUCGGCUCGCUGCCCACGAUCACAAGGGCGCAGUUGCUGGACGAUGCCCUGCACCUUUCGCAGGCGGAGUACCUAUCCUACGACAUACCAUUGACCUUCCUCAUGGAGCUAUUUAAUGCCGUGAGUGAUGAGUUGCUGUGGAGUGCCGCCAAACCUGGCCUAAACUAUCUCAUAAACAAUCUCAAGAGGGAACCUGCUUAUGAGACAUUUAGGGCCUUCAUGAAGUUCAUUGUGACACCCGCCUUUGAUCAUUAUGGUUUGAAUGAGCCGGACAACGAGUCCCACCUGCAACUAAAACAUCGCGCUUUGGUGGCCUACUUUGCCUGCAAAUUCAACUAUGAUCGGUGCACUCAAGUGGCGCAGAGGAAGUUCCGCGACUGGAUGAAGGAUCCCAAAAAGAAUCCCAUCAAGCCAAAUCUGAAGUCAGUGAUCUACUGCACCGCCUUGGCAGAGGGAUCUUCCGCAGAAUGGUACUUCGCCUAUAAGCAGUACAUGAAAACAACGAGUGCCUCGGAGAAGGAGGAGAUACUGACCUCGCUGGGCUGCACCACAAAGCCCUGGCUGCUUUCCAAGUACCUAAAUAUGACCAUCAAUCCCACUUCGGGAAUACUAAAACAGGAUGGAGCCUUGGCCUUCAGGACAGUGGCCUCCAAUGCCAUUGGUCAUGAGAUAGCCUUUGACUUCUUGCAGAGCAAUAUCAAGGAGAUUGCUGAAUAUUACGGCGAUGGCUUCUCCACUCUGUCCGAGAUGAUCAAGUCGCUGACCAUCUACAUGAACAAGGACUACCACAGGCACCAGCUUCUGGACUUGGCCGACACCUGCCGGAAACUGGGCCUCAAAGCUGUGGAAUCGGCCAUCGUCUUGGCCCUGGAGCAGGUCAGCAAUAAUAUCCACUGGCACAGCCACUCCUACCACAGCCUCAAGAGCUUCCUCGAGGGCAUCGUCAGCGAGUUCGAGAUCAACAUCUUCUAGGUCAACAUCGGCAUGGGGAACACUCACAUUGAUUUCAACCAAAUACGCGAUUUAGUUACUGUAAUUAUUACCAUUAUUUGUAUUCAUGCGAAGGCCUCAAAUUAAUUUAAUGGAACGAAUUAUUUGCGAAAAGUGAUAUAAACGUGUAAGUUAGCCAGCAUAAUUUAGGUAACCGACUUACUUUUUGCAAUUGUAUAUUUAUUUAUUAGUAAGUCGCGCUUUUUCUGCUUCUUUGGCAUUGCUCUGCAACGUUCCUACUAAAAAUAGAAAUCAACCGGAAAAUACAUAGUUCAUCACAUCAGGCAUCAGUUUUAGUCUACAAUACAAAUCUCUGCCACGAUAUAUCCAAUUAUGCUUGUGUAAAAUCUGUAUUAUCUGUAUAAUUAUAAUUGUCAAGUACUAUACUUUCGUAAACCUUUAGAUCCUAAGUGAAUCAAUUUAGCACUAAGUGAACCAAAAAUCUAUUUUGUAGUCGAUCCAAUCAUGGUCUUUAAUGGCCCCUGGGAAGAACAUGGAAGAUAAGCUUCGAGCUUAGAAAGAUAUUGAAACUGAGUGUCCUUAAUGCAUGGUUUAAAAUGUUUGCUAGAGCAAGGAUGGUACACACACAUACACACAAAUAUAUUUAUUAAUGGACGAGUACCUAUUAUGUAUUUUGUAAAGCCCAACACGAUAUUACUUGUAUCGCUGCUGCACAACCAUGUAAAUAAGUUUUAAAGCUUACACUAAACAUUUAAAUAAACUAUGUAUUUAAUUUUAUUCAAAA